AUGAAGGCAUCUGAUCUCAUAGUUCCUAUUGCUAUAACUCAAACAGCGGCUUACCCUGGCAUGAACAGGGUUUUGGGCGAAAUUGAAGCUCACAACCGUGGCAUCGCGCAACGGUCGACCGAGCUCCUCGGUGAUUUAACAGGAGACUUGCUGAGCGAUGUUGGCCAAACGAUCAAGUCCAUCCUUCAAGGGGCCAGUGCUAUUGCUGGUGGCUCUACGUAUCAAGCGCCUGGUGACCUGGGGACAGAUUCCUGCGGGCAGGAGACUUGCUGUGUGUGGAGUUACGUCGUCAGAGAAUUGGAAGAUGCCUUCCGCGACUCUAACGGGUGUACCUCACUUGCUCGAGGUGCCAUCCGCCAAGGUUUUCAUGACGCUGCAACGUGGAACACCGACGCUUCUUACGGCGGUGCUGACGGUUCUCUACUCCUGUCAGAUGAACUCAGUCGGACAGAGAAUCGCGGCCUGGAGGAGAUUGGCGCACAGACCCGCAUGUGGUAUAACAAGUAUAAAGAGCAUGGCGUAGGCAUGGCGGAUCUCAUCCAAACCGCUGCUGUCGUUGGAAUUGUUUCGUGUCCCGGCGGGCCUCGAAUUCGAAACUUUGUCGGCCGUCGCGAUGACAGCACAGCUGGCCCCACAGGCUUGCUCCCUUCGCCUUUCCAAUCUGCGCAAUCCUUAAUAGAACUUUUCGCAGCUAAAACAUUUACUGCAAGCGACUUGGUUGCUCUUGUAGGUGCCCAUACAGCCUCUACGCAAAAGUUUGUCGAACCGAGCCGGGCUGGUGCUCCUCAAGACGCUACUCCAGGGGUUUGGGACACCAAAUUCUACUCCGAGACCCUGACUAGUGCAAAUAGCACGACGAUCGUCACAUUCCCCAGCGAUAGGAACCUUGCAACUGACAGCCAAACAUCCGGUCAGUGGAAAGUAUUUGCGGGGUUCUCCGGGCAGUCGACGUGGGCACCAGUAAGUAAACGAGUUCGAGAUUUCGGGGCAGUUUAA